AUGUCACCAUCAAAAGAUGGAACUGCGGAAAAUAAUGAAGGAAAAACAUUAGGAACGGCAAUAAAUACACAACAAGUAGACACCGUUAAUAACAGCAGCAGCAACAGCACGCCAAAACCUAAUAUUGCUGCAACUAAUUCUAAAAUAACAAAUAGUGAUGACAACAAUGAAGCAGCUGAUAAUUCUUCGGCAUCAAAUUAG